AUGAGAAUUGACUUAGGAGGUAAAACAUGCAAUCAAAAUUUGAUUUCCAUCUGUGAUUAAUUGAUUAUUUACAGACUUAUUCUGGUGGAAUGGAAUUGUUAGAAAUGUGAUUGUUAUAUUGCUUAUAAUUUUGAAUUAAAAAUGUUGAAAUAUGAGGAAAGUGCUCAAAAUUAUAGAUUAUUUAUGAAUUUCCAGAUGGAAAAAUUUUUGAGAUCUAAAAUUUAAGAUUCCGAUGCCCUGAAUUAAUGUUUAACCCUAAACUUUUUAAUUUCUAAUACUUGGGUAUUGAUGUCCUUGGAAUUCAUGAGUUUAUAAAGAGUUCAACUAAGAAAUGCUAUAUAGAUUUGA